GGUUUUACGAUAAGAGCUGGUACAGCAUGUAACUGCAAUUUGAAUGGGGUCGAAUGCACUAUGAUUAUGAAUUCUUUAAGUCAGGUACCCCGUGCCGACUUGCACUCGUAAAGGUCGUAACAGAAGAGGAGGAGAAGACUAAGGACUGACCUAGGGUUGGUUUGAUCGUGUGAGUUGAGAGUUGAGACUGGAUAAGAACAACUUCAACACAGCUCCGACAAAAGGGUUGGGCCGGUUGGUGUUUCUUCCUCUUCCUCUUAUCUGGGCUUUGCUUGCCUUAUCUUCUUUAUUUUUCUAGUACGAAAAGCAGCAUCCGGAUUUCCUCGAUAGUUGGGUAGAAGAAAGUUUGUUUUCUGAUUGCAAACAAAAAUUAUUUGGGUGUGUUAAUCAGUUUGUGAAAGGGAGCUGAACAAUGUCAAGUGGGCCUGGAUUAGAGUCUCUUGUGGAUCAACAAAUAUCAGUUAUAACAAAUGAUGGGCGCAAUAUAGUGGGAGUGUUAAAAGGUUUUGAUCAAGCUACAAAUAUUAUCCUUGACGAAUCUCAUGAACGGGUUUACUCCACAACGGAGGGCGUUCAGCAACUUGUAUUGGGCUUAUACAUCAUAAGGGGUGAUAACAUAAGUAUCGUGGGGGAACUAGACGAAGAGCUUGAUGCAAGUCUAGAUCUAUCGAAACUGAGAGCACAUCCCCUCAAGCCCGUAAUCCACUGACAAACAACAUGAAUAUGGAGUUCAAUUACAUUCUAUAUUUGAUUUAUGUAAAAGAUGAGACAAGACGCCCAAAGUUUUGUUGUAUUAGAGUAGGUUAGAUUCUGAAACUCUAGAUUGACAUUUUGGUUUUCUGCAACAUUACUUGAUACUUUCUCUGCUUCCACUGUUGUUUUCUUUGAGACAAGAUUCAAGGUGAGAAGCAGCUUAAAAUGUUGUGUAGCAAGGGUCUAAAAAGCAUUCGUCAUAAUUAAGGAGCAAGUAAACGGCUCCUACCAGUGCCUGAUAUUAAUUGCA